GUUUUUGUAAACAAGCGUACGGUGAUCAUUAUUCACCAUUCGUUUCCAAGCUUCGAAGAAGAUCACAACAAAAAAGCAGGGCAGUUAUUUAAUGGCUAUUUUCUCUCGCUCGGGUGUUCGUUUGGGAAAUCUUAUUAAGAAAACCUCAAGGUUGCGUUAUGUGUCCCAGCAUACAGCAGUCGACGCCCCCCAGUAUGUGACCGCAGGUUGUGAGGAGCCCAGGGGUCCGAUUCUGCGGACCAGCAUCCCUGGCCCUGAGUCUCAGAAACUGACCCAGGAACUGGACGAAAUUCAGAAUGCUGGAUCGGUCCAGUUCUUUGUGGAUUAUGCGAAGAGCCAAGGAAACUACAUCACAGAUGUGGAUGGCAAUGUUUUAUUGGAUCUCUUUACACAGAUUGCCUCCAUUCCAAUUGGAUACAAUCAUCCCAAUCUGCUGCAGGUCUUGAGUCAACCAGAGAACCUGAGUACCUUCAUAAACAGACCAGCACUUGCUGUUUUUCCACCCAAGGACUGGGUUCGGCACCUCAAAAAUGCCCUGCUCUCUGUGGCUCCACCUGGAAUGCAUCAGGUGCAGACCAUGGCCUGUGGAGCAUGCUCAAUUGAACAUGGACAAAAAGCAAUGUUUAUCACACACCAAAGAAAAAAGAGGGGAGGGUUGCCUCCUUCACAGGAAGAACUAACUUCCUGUCUGUACAACAAGGAACCGGGAUGUCCAGACCUUACUGUUCUCUCCUUCUCAGGGGCUUUUCAUGGGAGAACUAUGGGUGCUCUUGGAAUAACCCACUCCAAAUGGAUCCAUAAACUGGACUUCCCCACUCCUGACUGGCCAAUGGCAACCUUUCCCAAACUGAAGUAUCCUCUGCAUGAAAAUGAAAGAGAAAAUAUGGAGAUAGAGAAUCGCAGUCUGGACGAGGUGCGAGAGAGAAUUGCUGAGUACAAUAAGAGAGGGCGCCCUGUUGUAGGCUGUUGUAUUGAACCCAUUCAGGCAGAAGGGGGAGACAACUUUGCUUCUCCUAGAUUUUUCCAGGUGCUUCAAAAGAUUUGCAAAGAGAAUGAAGUAGUAUUGUUGAUGGAUGAGGUCCAGACAGGCUGUGGGUCCACAGGGAAAUUCUGGGCACACGAACACUUUGACCUCCCUGAGGCCCCCGAUAUUGUGGCCUUCAGCAAGAAAAUGUUGACUGGAGGCUUUUACUACAAAGAAGAUCUCAGACCAAAAGAGGCUUUCCGCAUCUUUAACACCUGGGUGGGUGACUCCUCCAAGGUUCUGCUGCUGGAGGCUGUAAUUAACACAAUUAAGAAGUACAAUCUGCUGGACAAUGUCAAGGAGACCGGCAAAUAUCUCCAGGAUGGACUCCACGAAAUGGAGAAAAAAUUCCCUCACAGUGUUUUUAACGUGAGAGGUCUGGGGACAUUCUGCUCCGUAGACUUUCCUGAUGCAGGAUUCCGAGACAGCGUCAUUAUGAAACUAAGAAACAGAGGUGUUCAUGCUGGAGCCUGCGGAGACAGAUCCAUGCGAUUCCGUCCCACUCUGAUUUUUGAGAAGCAUCAUGCUGACAUAUUUUUUGAUGUGUUUGAGAAAACUCUGCUGGAAUUCAGAGAGUGAAGAAUUGACUAUUUUUACAACCAAUGGCUGUUAUGUUAACAGUGUAUAGUUCUCUUAGAUGUGCUCUGAUCUAGGGCAUGGUUAGUGCCGGGUUUUUCAUUGUAUAAAAACUUACAUUUGUUGAACAAAUCUUUACCAAUCAACGCAAUCUUGUAUAUAUUUCAGAAAAUUUACUUUAAUAUGCAAAAUGUCUUGUUGUUGUGCAAAUGUGAUCAUGUGGAAAUUAACUUUUGUGUAUAUGUGAGUGGUUGAUUUAGAUACUCAGAUAACAAUUAACAUUCAUGAAAUGUGAGUGUUUUAAAACAGUGUGGACUUUUGCUGGCAAUAUAAGCUCAUUUACAAAUUUACUUGCUGAUGAAUGAAUGGUGGUGUUUUUUUUUUUGUAAUAAACAGAUCUCUUUCGUAAGAAAAUGGAUUAUUGUAUAGACUUUAAUUAGAUGUGGAAGUCUUUAAUUUACAUGUUUGCUUUUGUUUUUUUACAUCCAACACAUCAUAAUGUACAGAAUAAAAAAUUUUAAAAUAUAAUAACUUAU